GCAUUUCUAAUCUGUUUAUGAACCACUCAUACGCCUCUUACCUUAUCCAUAUCCCUCUCACCAUCUUCUUCUUCAAUAUCUCUCACCCAAAUUCCCCCAAUUUCUCUUCCACACAGGUUUCGAUCCCUUCUUUUCUUUCCCCAAAUCCCUUUUUCCCAUCUGGGUUUUCACUUAAUUUCACUCUUCCUCUUCUUUCAGGCAUCAAUCAAUGGCGGCUACAGCCUCCGCUACCCUCUCGCCGGCCAUAUCCACCGCCGCCCCCAUCGCCGCCGGCUCUAGGCGGCAGAGGAACACCAAUGUCCAUUACAUCACUGGCCUCAACUCCUUUGGUGGCUUGAAAGCUCACAACAAUAUCUUCUCCUUGGGCCUUCCCGUUUGUGCCGAUCAGUCAUUUGCUAACAUUGUGAGUUCUUUGAAAUACCCAUCAAAGGGAAAAGGCAAAAACGGCGGUGGGGCUCUCUCUUCUACCUGUAAUGCCGCCGGUGAGAUUUUCAGGAUCGCCGCCAUUAUCAAUGGGCUUGUUCUUGUUGGAGUGGCGGUGGGGUUUGUUCUUCUCAGGAUUGAGGCAUCUGUGGAGGAGGCAGAGUGAGUGAGAAGGUGCUAUAAUGUUAAUGGUGAUAUUGUUGAAUCAAUCAGAAUUUGUAAGUUAAUCUGUUACUUUUACUACUUAUAACUCAAUUGUUUCUAUCAGUCAAAACUAUCGACAAAAUUCAUUUGGCCUCUUUCUCUUUCUCCCUUUCUGCUUUCGAAAGAAUGGCAAUGUAGUAUGUUGUUC